AUGGAGUACAUAAUUAAGGCCAAGAUAACUGAAGUUGAUGAUAGAUAUGGUUGGUGUUACAAGUCUUGCACCUAUUGCAAGAAGGAAAUUCUUGGUAUUAAUACCUAUUUAUAUUGUGACAAAUGCAACGAGGAAUCGAAAUCUCCUCAGAUGAGGUACGAGGUAGAGAUGAAAGUGUCUGAUGGAACUGUCGAAGCAACUUUUAUAUUGUUUGAUACAGUGACCCAGAGAUUGGUUGGGUUAUCAUGUUCUCAACUAUUGAACAAACAAGGUAAUGAUCAAAAAAAUAUCCCAAAAGCUUUAAAUGAGCUGUUUGGACAGAUGUUCGUUUUCAAAAUCCAGUUGAGAGUUAUGGAUCUGAAGGAAGGAUAUGAAUCUUACACUAUGACGAAACUUUUCGUGAUUGAUGAGAAACUUGAAGAUGAAUAUAAGUUGCGAGAAUUGCAAAAGGCAAAUAAUGGAGAAUAUGGAUCACAAUCCUCGACAUCAAACAUGACUGAAUGCGAAAUACUGACACCAAAAAUCAAAGAUAUGUCUAGAAAAAUGGUAGCAAGGGUACAAGGUGAUGAUCCUAAAAACAGUAUAGACAAUUCUUGUACAGACAUGUUAGACACAUCAAAAGAGAGAGAACGAGGAAAUAAGCAUAAAGAAAGUGACGAUGAGAAUGUUAAUUUCAAGUAG